AUGAGCGAUUUGGACCUUCCAUCCUUGGCUGACAUCAUGAACACCAGUGCUGCUGGCCUCUAUCACAAGAAGGGCAGGACUUCGUGCUUAGCCUUCCUGGGGAAGGGCCUGUCCCUGGGUCAUGUCCCCACUGACCACAGGAGGAAGAGAUGGCCCCCCUCGAGUCAGCCUCAGAGGAGCCCAGACCUCCUGGAUGGCUUCGGCGAGCCUCCCAGUGGGCACAGCACUCGCCACCAGAUGCUGCAUGGACUCAGCUUCCACAUUGCCACGGGUACGGCCUGGUCCUUGCACUACCAGGGGCAAGGAGGGAUGCUAUGCUUGGUGGUGAGCACUCUAUCUCAAGACAAAGCAGUUCUCCAGUGUCUGCCCCACUUUUCUAUAAACCUGGGAGUCCAGCCCAGUGCCUUGGCUGGAAGGAGAAGAGACGCCUCCUGUUCCAGCUCAGGGCGCUCUGCCGACCCCACUGCCUGCCCCAACCCUGGUGCUCCGGGAGGCCCCAAUGCCAUAGAUGCGCUUCAGGGGGAGCAACUGGGGCUGUUCUCGAGGACCAAAAUGGGCACAGACCCUAAAGAUAUCCAUGGGUUGACCCCUGCUCUCUGUGGCCCCUGCCUGGCUGGCAUCCCCUCCUCACACUCUCCACAGUUCUCAUGCAGCGCAGCACCUCUAAAAAUGUGGCCCUGA